CCUCCUGUCAGCCAUUAUGCCUGGAGCCAACAGCUCCAGCCUCACCCCCAAAUUCUUUAUUUUGAAUGGGAUUCCUGGUCUGGAAGCUGUACACAUCUGGAUCUCCCUGCCAUUCUGCUUCAUGUACAUCAUCGCUAUCCUGGGGAACUCUGGGCUCAUCUACCUCAUCAACCAUGAGGAGGCCCUGCACCGGCCCAUGUACUACUUCCUGGCCUUGCUCUCCUUCACAGAUGUCACCUUGAGUACCACCACUGUCCCCAAUAUGCUGUGUAUAUUCUGGUUCAACCUCAAGGAAAUUGACUUUAAUGCCUGCCUGGCCCAGAUGUUUUUUGUCCACAUGCUGACAGGGAUGGAGUCUGGGGUGCUUAUGCUCAUGGCCCUGGACCGCUAUGUGGCCAUCUGCUACCCUUUGCAUUAUUCCACCAUCCUCACCAACCCUGUCAUUGCCAAGGCCAGUCUUGCCACCAUUCUGAGGGGCAUGAUGCUCAUCAUCCCAUUCACGUUCCUCACCAAGCGCCUGCCCUAUUGCCGGGGCAACUUCAUUCCCCAUACCUACUGUGACCACAUGUCUGUGGCCAAGGUGUCCUGCGGCAAUUUCAAGAUCAAUUCUAUUUAUGGCCUAAUGGUUGCUCUCUUUAUUGGUGUGUUUGACAUCUGCUGUAUUUCCCUGUCUUACACGAUGAUAUUGCGAGCUGUUGUGAGCCUGUCAUCUGCAGAUGCUCGUCAUAAAGCCUUCAGUACCUGUACAUCUCAUAUCUGUGCCAUUGUGAUCACCUAUGUCCCAGCUUUUUUCACUUUUUUCACCCACCGUUUUGGAGGACACAGUAUCCCUCACCACAUACACAUCAUUGUGGCCAACCUUUACCUGCUCCUGCCCCCUACAAUGAACCCAAUUGUUUAUGGAGUCAAAACCAAACAGAUUCGAGAAGGUGUGGUCAAAUUUUUACUUGGAGACAAGGUUGUCCUUACCCAAGACAAAUAAAUCAUAAAAUAGACAUAUUGCUGGGGAGUUGGGG